CUCUUGUAUAGAAUUUGUUUGUGUGAAAGGCGAAGUGGAAGUGUCAGUCAAUAGCGUUGUGAAAAUAAUCGUGCUGUUGACACAUCGACUUAGCGCAAUAUUUAGCUUGUCAUUAAACCUUUCUUCACAGCGCAAACUAAAACAAUCAGUUUGUCUGUUUUUUUAAAUCCAUGUUUGUUUCAAGACGUUGAUGAUAAGAAAAAAAUAAAGCAGUGGAUCACUUUAUUCGCGAUAAAUUGUUCAACCAGAAUGUUGUUGUACGGUUAGUGCAGCACUAUGUCGUGGAUUUUCAGUUGCUUUUUAAUUAUUUUGUUUAUAAUAAAUUGCAAAGCAGACACUUCUUCAGGUAUUGAGAAUAAAUGUGAAAGUAAUGAUGCAGAUGGCGAUGACAGUUGUGGGCGCAUCUGUGACAUUGGUUUCAUAUUGGAUACCUCAGGAAGCAUACACAGAGAUGAAUAUAUUAAAGAAAAACAUUUUGUUACCAAUGUUGUUAAACAUAUUGGCCUUUCAGAAAAUGGGCCACAUUAUGGGGUCAUAUUAUUUGGGCAAUUUGCAACGGUUGAUAUAAAAUUUAAUGAUUAUUAUAAUAUUACUAAACUUCGUAAUGCGGUUAUGUCAUUACCUCAAUCUGGAGCCACAACAAGAAUUGAUCGUGGACUAAGGAAAGCUUAUAAAGUUUUGUUCCAAAAGAAAGGCGGAUAUCGAGAAUUUGCAGAAAAAUAUUUAUUUCUGCUCACCGAUGGUUCGCAAUCCAAAGGCAGUGAUGUUGUUGAUCCUCAUUUAAUUGCAAAAAAAUUACAGUUCAUAGGCAUUCAUUUUUACGUUGUGGGAAUUGGGACACGAGUCAAUGUAAAGGAACUUGAAAGUAUAGCAGGUGGAAAAGAAAAAGUUUUUUUAGCCAAAAACUUUAAUGACUUAAUAUCCAAUGAAUUUAUUGAAAAGUUUAAUAUUACUUGUGGUCACAAACAUGGACGUAAGCUUUUGGAAUAUCAACUGAAAGUGACAAUAAUCAGCAAUGCUACAUCAACAAAAGAUUUUACAUUAGUUGAUGCUUAUAAGAAAAAAAAUAUCAUAUCUAUUCCAUCCCAUGAAACAAAGUUAUUUGAGUUCGCUAUAACAUCAAGGGAGGUUCCAUACAUAACGGUCAUCAUGUCGAGGGACGGCACACCAAAUGUUAACAGCAGGAGGAUAGAAUAUAGCAAAGAUAAAAAGGAGGUUGUGAUGUUUUUAGCAGAUACAGGUAUGAAGAUAUUUAAUGUGUAUCAGCUAAUAUUUUCUCUGAAGAACCAGAUGAAUGAAAAUAUAAUCCUACACUGGAUUGCUAAUAACAGAUAUUUUGCACUUAAAAUUCCUAAAUUUGCAUCACAUAACAAUCACGUAAUCGAUUUGUAUGGUUCAAGAAUCCAACCCUUUGUGCAAUUUAUUGCAAAAAAAGAGAAUGGAGAAGUUGUUAACGUAAAUGGAGAAUCUAAAGUUACCAUAGCAACAAAUGACAACCACACAAUAAGACAUCUUUUCUUAUACACUAAAAGUGUUAAAAAGCCAACAAGAAUACAGAUAUAUUCAAUGUCAUACAAAAUUGUCAAUAUUGGUAAAAAUAACUUAUUUAUUCAUCAUGGAAAAAAGUCUUUUUUACUUCAUCCAAGUCAGUCUGAAAUCAAAACACAUAACGUGAGUGCUGUUCAGCAGCCAGUUCCUGUAGAACUAUAUGUCAGCGAGGAGAAUAGUGACAAAAUGCACCCACUUCGAAGUCUACUCCCUGUCAUUGGGGGUUCAUAUGAAAUGAUUUUUGUUGGUGAUGCAUUCGAAAUCUGGCAUCACUUUUCAUAUACACUACAAGUGCACAAUUUGAUUUCUCAACCGACAACAUUGCAAUUUACGCUCAUUCACUAUAAAUAUGAAGUCAUUGUCCAUAAAGGCAUCAAGAAUUACAACAUACAUUUUGCAUUUAUGAGAAUUAUCCCACCAAAGGAAGUACAUGGGUACAUCACAAGCAAUAGAGCAAGAAAGAGUGUGUACAUUAAUAACAAACCAUUUGACGUUGUUGCUCCAAAAUAUAGAAAUGAUGUUGUAAAAGUUAUUGUUUCUAAAAAUAAGGCACAAAGUUAUUACUUCUCUGGGAAAUUUGUUAAUGACUUGCCUGCUGAUGUUAGCAUUACUUGGUUUACCAACAAGACUGAUUAUUUAGUGAAACCCAUACCUGUACAAAGCAUAACUGUGAAGAGAAAAGACACUAUGAGUCAAUUUGUUGUCUUUAAGAGUUUCAUUCCACUAGAUGUUGUUACAUUUUCUGGAAGGAGAUUGGAUACACAUUCUGUUGUUAAAUUUAAUGGAAAACCAAAACUAUUGUUUACCCUUGGUGAAAUAGAGCCAGUUAAAAGCGUUUCUGUUAUUAUAACACCAGCAGCAUAUAUUUACUAUUGUCAGCUCAUGGUCAAAAACAAUUUUUUCACAAGAAACAUCAAUUUAAGAUGGCGUAUUACCAAUAGAAAUUUAAAAUCUGCAUCGGUUUCCCCAAAAUCAAUUCCGAUGUUUGGUGGAGAAAUGAGAAUGUUAAUGUUAAGAUUUUCAAGUGAUGAAAAGUUAGAUGGAGAAGAGUUGAAAGAUAUAAUUAAAAUUUCAGCAUCUGAUCUGGAUACUGGAGAACCUCUUUUUGUUAAUAACGAAGAAUUAUUUAAAGCUGACUUAUCAACUCAGUCAGGAAAUGUCAUUGAAUUGAUUGUGGACAAAUAUGACAAUUUCUACUAUGCUCAAAUGAUAGUAAGAAACAACCUGCUCAAAGAAAAUGUUAUCCUGCAAUGGAUGUCUAAAAACCCAUUAUUAGAAACAAAUAUCCCAAACACUUUUUCAUUAUCUGGUGGUGAAAAUAGAGCUUUAUCAUUGCAGUUCACUAGCACGAACAAGGUUACUGAUGAUGCACUAAAGAAUGUCAUCCAAAUUUCAGCUACGAAUCAGGACACCGGAAAAACUUUGCCAGUAAACAACUUUGAUGUGUUCGAAGUGAGUGUAUACAGAAAUAAAAGCGAACCUGUGGAACUCAUUAUUAAUACUUAUGUUCAUAGGUACUUCAGUCAGGUAAGAGUAAAGAAUGAUUUCCCUUCGGAAGCCAUCUUGUUAUGGAAGUACACCAUUCCUCAGAAAUCUUUAACUACAUCUUCACCAUCUAAGUUUUUUAUUAAAAGCAACGAAAACCGAUUAAUAUCCCUGCAGUUUAAUAGCAAAGAGUUACUGCAUGAUAGUGAUCUCACAGCCAUGAUUGAGUUUAAUUGUGUUGAGGAAAAAUCAAACAAGAAACUGUCAAUCAAUGAAAUGGACUCAUACCGAGUGGAUGUAUCUGACAAGCUAAGUGAGCCAAUUGGGAUCAUUAUAAAUCAAUUAGAGCACGUUUAUUACGCUAAUAUACAAGUGAUCAAUAAUUCGCCACACAACACUUCUCUUCAUUGGGUUAUAACCGAUCCAGAAUCUUCUUUACAAACUACAUCACCAACAAUGUUUCCUCUGGCACCUAAAGAGCAGAAAAAUAUUUCCAUCACAUUUACCAGUUCGGAUUCGCCACCCACACUGAAACUUCACAAUUCUAUUAUGUUCUCCUCAACUACUGUUGAAACACAAAUACCAUUAUCCACAAAUAAAGUAGCACGUUUUCCAGUAUCCUUAACACAAACAAAAUAUAUGCAAAUUCCGUUAACUGUAGCAACAUCUCGUAUUUUAAAAGCCUUGGACAAUGUUGAAAUUGUUGAAGUCGCCAAGGAUUCAAUCACGAUCCGUUGGUCGGAAAACAAGUUCGUGAAGAAUUACAUCGUGGAAGCCAGAGAUAAAUCCACUGGAGUGUCGGAAACCUUCACAGUAAAGAGUGGCGACGACAACUUCGCUUCUCACACUGUCCGCAACCUAAAGCCAGAUGUCGAAUACCGUAUAUCUGUUAGAGCAAGUCCCGUCGGAAGCAAAGCCACUGUUGUAACUGCUGUCACGAAUUCUGAGUAUUUCAAGUACCACGCUGAAGUCCGAGUAAAGAACACAUUGACGGAAGGUGAAGCUUUGGUGAAAUGGACAUUGGCUGACGGCAAAGCGACCACGUUUAAGACCACUUCUCCAGCGAGCUUUUCUGUUUCUGCCAGUGGUGAGAAAUUGAUCAAGUUGACAUUUACAAGUGGAGUGUCGUACAAUGAGGAGAACCUCAAGGAAGUCGUUGUGUUUUCUGCAACAGAUGGAAAUACAGAGAAGCCGCUGUCGGUAAAUAGAUUGCCUACUGUUGGUGUUGACGUGUACGACAAGCCUAAAGAAGCUGUUGACUUGUCCAUUUUCAAUGCAGGUGUUUCAAAAGCUUUGGACAAUGUUGAAAUUGUUAAAGUCGCCAAGGAUUCAAUCACGAUCCGUUGGUCAGAAAACAAGUUCGUGAAGAAUUACAUCGUGGAAGCCAGAGAUAAAUCAACUGGAGUGUCGGAAACCUUCACAGUAAAGAGUGGCGACGACAACUUCGCUUCUCACACUGUCCGCAACCUGAAGCCAGAUGUCGAAUACCGCAUAUCUGUUAGAGCAAGUCACGUCGGAAGCAAAGCCACUGUUGUAACUGCUGUCACGAAUCCUGAGUAUUUCAAGUACCACGCUGAAGUCCGAGUAAAGAACACAUUGACGGAAGGUGAAGCUUUGGUGAAAUGGACAUUGGCUGACGGCAAAGCGACCACGUUCAAGACCACUUCUCCAGCGAGCUUUUCUGUUUCUGCCGGUGGUGAGAAAUUGAUCAAGCUGACAUUUACAAGUGGAGUGUCGUACAAUGAGGAGGACCUCAAGGAAGUCGUUGUGUUUUCUGCAACAGAUGGAAAUACAGAGAAGCCGCUGUCGGUAAAUAGAUUGCCUACUGUUGGUGUUGACGUGUACGACAAGCCUAAAGAAGCUGUUGACUUGUCCAUUUUCAAUGCAGGUGUUUCAAAUGCUUUGGACAAUGUUGAAAUUGUUGAAGUCGCCAAGGAUUCAAUCACGAUCCGUUGGUCGGAAAACAAGUUUGUGAAGAAUUACAUCGUAGAAGCCAGAGAUAAAUCAACUGGAAUGUCGGAAACCUUCACAGUAAAGAGUGGCGACGACAACUUCGCUUCUCACACUGUCCGCAACCUGAAGCCAGAUGUCGAAUACCGUAUAUCUGUUAGAGCAAGUCCCGUCGGAAGCAAAGCCACUGUUGUAACUGCUGUCACGAAUCCUGAGUAUUUCAAGUACCACGCUGAAGUCCGAGUAAAGAACACAUUGACGGAAGGUGAAGCUUUGGUGAAAUGGACAUUGGCUGACGGCAAAGCGACCACGUUUAAGACCACUUCUCCAGCGAGCUUUUCUGUUUCUGCCGGUGGUGAGAAAUUGAUCAAGCUGACAUUUACAAGUGGAGUGUCGUACAAUGAGGCGGACCUCAAGGAAGUCGUUGUGUUUUCUGCAACAGAUGGAAAUACAGAGAAGCCGCUGUCGGUAAAUAGAUUGCCUACUGUUGGUGUUGACGUGUACGACAAGCCUAAAGAAGCUGUUGACUUGUCCAUUUUCAAUGCAGGUGUUUCAAAAGCUUUGGACAAUGUUAAAAUUGUUAAAGUCGCCAAGGAUUCAAUCACGAUCCGUUGGUCGGAAAACAAGUUCGUGAAGAAUUACAUCGUGGAAGCCAGAGAUAAAUCAACUGGAGUGUCGGAAACCUUCACAGUAAAGAGUGGCGACGACAACUUCGCUUCUCACACUGUCCGCAACCUGAAGCCAGAUGUCGAAUACCGUAUAUCUGUUAGAGCAAGUCCCGUCGGAAGCAAAGCCACUGUUGUAACUGCUGUCACGAAUCCUGAGUAUUUCAAGUACCACGCUGAAGUCCGAGUAAAGAACACAUUGACGGAAGGUGAAGCUUUGGUGAAAUGGACAUUGGCUGACGGCAAAGCGACCACGUUUAAGACCACUUCUCCAGCGAGCUUUUCUGUUUCUGCCGGUGGUGAGAAAUUGAUCAAGCUGACAUUUACAAGUGGAGUGUCGUACAAUGAGGAGGACCUCAAGGAAGUCGUUGUGUUUUCUGCAACAGAUGGAAAUACAGAGAAGCCGCUGUCGGUAAAUAGAUUGCCUACUGUUGGUGUUGACGUGUACGACAAGCCUAAAGAAGCUGUUGACUUGUCCAUUUUCAAUGCAGGUGUUUCAAAAGCUUUGGACAAUGUUGAAAUUAUUAAAGUCGCCAAGGAUUCAAUCACGAUCCGUUGGUCGGAAAACAAGUUCGUGAAGAAUUACAUCGUGGAAGCCAGAGAUAAAUCAACUGGAGUGUCGGAAACCUUCACAGUAAAGAGUGGCGACGACAACUUCGCUUCUCACACUGUCCGCAACCUGAAGCCAGAUGUCGAAUACCGUAUAUCUGUUAGAGCAAGUCCCGUCGGAAGCAAAGCCACUGUUGUAACUGCUGUCACGAAUCCUGAGUAUUUCAAGUACCACGCUGAAGUCCGAGUAAAGAACACAUUGACGGAAGGUGAAGCUUUGGUGAAAUGGACAUUGGCUGACGGCAAAGCGACCACGUUUAAGACCACUUCUCCAGCGAGCUUUUCUGUUUCUGCCGGUGGUGAGAAAUUGAUCAAGCUGACAUUUACAAGUGGAGUGUCGUACAAUGAAGAGGACCUCAAGGAAGUCGUUGUGUUUUCUGCAACAGAUGGAAAUACAGAGAAGCCGCUGUCGGUAAAUAGAUUGCCUACUGUUGGUGUUGACGUGUACGACAAGCCUAAAGAAGCUGUUGACUUGUCCAUUUUCAAUGCAGGUGUUUCAAAAGCUUUGGACAAUGUUGAAAUUGUUAAAGUCGCCAAGGAUUCAAUCACGAUCCGUUGGUCGGAAAACAAGUUCGUGAAGAAUUACAUCGUGGAAGCCAGAGAUAAAUCAACUGGAGUGUCGGAAACCUUCACAGUAAAGAGUGGCGACGACAACUUCGCUUCUCACACUGUCCGCAACCUGAAGCCAGAUGUCGAAUACCGUAUAUCUGUUAGAGCAAGUCCCGUCGGAAGCAAAGCCACUGUUGUAACUGCUGUCACGAAUCCUGAGUAUUUCAAGUACCACGCUGAAGUCCGAGUAAAGAACACAUUGACGGAAGGUGAAGCUUUGGUGAAAUGGACAUUGGCUGACGGCAAAGCGACCACGUUUAAGACCACUUCUCCAGCGAGCUUUUCUCUUUCUGCCGGUGGUGAGAAAUUGAUCAAGCUGACAUUUACAAGUGGAGUGUCGUACAAUGAGGAGGACCUCAAGGAAGUCGUUGUGUUUUCUGCAACAGAUGGAAAUACAGAGAAGCCGCUGUCGGUAAAUAGAUUGCCUACUGUUGGUGUUGACGUGUACGACAAGCCUAAAGAAGCUGUUGACUUGUCCAUUUUCAAUGCAGGUGUUUCAAAAGCUUUGGACAAUGUUAAAAUUGUUAAAGUCGCCAAGGAUUCAAUCACGAUUCGUUGGUUGGAAAACAAGUUCGUGAAGAAUUACAUCGUGGAAGCCAGAGAUAAAUCAACUGGAGUGUCGGAAACCUUCAAAGUAAAGAGUGGCGACGACAACUUCGCUUCUCACACUGUCCGCAACCUGAAGCCAGAUGUCGAAUACCGUAUAUCUGUUACAGCAAGUCCCGUCGGAAGCAAAGCCACAGUUAUAACUGCUGUCACGAAUCCUGAGUAUUUCAAGUACCACGCUGAAGUCCGAGUAAAGAACACAUUGACGGAAGGUGAAGCUUUGGUGAAAUGGACAUUGGCUGACGGCAAAGCGACCACGUUUAAGACCACUUCUCCAGCGAGCUUUUCUGUUUCUGCCGGUGGUGAGAAAUUGAUCAAGCUGACAUUUACAAGUGGAGUGUCGUACAAUGAGGCGGACCUCAAGGAAGUCGUUGUGUUUUCUGCAACAGAUGGAAAUACAGAGAAGCCGCUGUCGGUAAAUAGAUUGCCUACUGUUGGUGUUGACGUGUACGACAAGCCUAAAGAAGCUGUUGACUUGUCCAUUUUCAAUGCAGGUGUUUCAAAAGCUUUGGACAAUGUUGAAAUUGUUAAAGUCGCCAAGGAUUCAAUCACGAUCCGUUGGUCAGAAAACAAGUUCGUGAAGAAUUACAUCGUGGAAGCCAGAGAUAAAUCAACUGGAGUGUCGGAAACCUUCACAGUAAAGAGUGGCGACGACAACUUCGCUUCUCACACUGUCCUCAACCUGAAGCCAGAUGUCGAAUACCGCAUAUCUGUUAGAGCAAGUCACGUCGGAAGCAAAGCCACUGUUGUAACUGCUGUCACGAAUCCUGAGUAUUUCAAGUACCACGCUGAAGUCCGAGUAAAGAACACAUUGACGGAAGGUGAAGCUUUGGUGAAAUGGACAUUGGCUGACGGCAAAGCGACCACGUUCAAGACCACUUCUCCAGCGAGCUUUUCUGUUUCUGCCGGUGGUGAGAAAUUGAUCAAGCUGACAUUUACAAGUGGAGUGUCGUACAAUGAGGAGGACCUCAAGGAAGUCGUUGUGUUUUCUGCAACAGAUGGAAAUACAGAGAAGCCGCUGUCGGUAAAUAGAUUGCCUACUGUUGGUGUUGACGUGUACGACAAGCCUAAAGAAGCUGUUGACUUGUCCAUUUUCAAUGCAGGUGUUUCAAAAGCUUUGGACAAUGUUGAAAUUGUUGAAGUCGCCAAGGAUUCAAUCACGAUCCGUUGGUCGGAAAACAAGUUUGUGAAGAAUUACAUCGUGGAAGCCAGAGAUAAAUCAACUGGAAUGUCGGAAACCUUCACAGUAAAGAGUGGCGACGACAACUUCGCUUCUCACACUGUCCGCAACCUGAAGCCAGAUGUCGAAUACCGUAUAUCUGUUAGAGCAAGUCCCGUCGGAAGCAAAGCCACUGUUGUAACUGCUGUCACGAAUCCUGAGUAUUUCAAGUACCACGCUGAAGUCCGAGUAAAGAACACAUUGACGAAAGGUGAAGCUUUGGUGAAAUGGACAUUGGCUGACGGCAAAGCGACCACGUUUAAGACCACUUUUCCAGCGAGCUUUUCUGUUUCUGCCGGUGGUGAGAAAUUGAUCAAGCUGACAUUUACAAGUGGAGUGUCGUACAAUGAGGAGGACCUCAAGGAAGUCGUUGUGUUUUCUGCAACAGAUGGAAAUACAGAGAAGCCGCUGUCGGUAAAUAGAUUGCCUACUGUUGGUGUUGACGUGUACGACAAGCCUAAAGAAGCUGUUGACUUGUCCAUUUUCAAUGCAGGUGUUUCAAAAGCUUUGGACAAUGUUGAAAUUGUUGAAGUCGCCAAGGAUUCAAUCACGAUCCGUUGGUCGGAAAACAAGUUUGUGAAGAAUUACAUCGUAGAAGCCAGAGAUAAAUCAACUGGAAUGUCGGAAACCUUCAAAGUAAAGAGUGGCGACGACAACUUCGCUUCUCACACUGUCCGCAACCUGAAGCCAGAUGUCGAAUACCGUAUAUCUGUUAGAGCAAGUCCCGUCGGAAGCAAAGCCACUGUUGUAACUGCUGUCACGAAUCCUGAGUAUUUCAAGUACCACGCUGAAGUCCGAGUAAAGAACACAUUGACGGAAGGUGAAGCUUUGGUGAAAUGGACAUUGGCUGACGGCAAAGCGACCACGUUUAAGACCACUUCUCCAGCGAGCUUUUCUGUUUCUGCCGGUGGUGAGAAAUUGAUCAAGCUGACAUUUACAAGUGGAGUGUCGUACAAUGAGGAGGACCUCAAGGAAGUCGUUGUGUUUUCUGCAACAGAUGGAAAUACAGAGAAGCCGCUGUCGGUAAAUAGAUUGCCUACUGUUGGUGUUGACGUGUACGACAAGCCUAAAGAAGCUGUUGACUUGUCCAUUUUCAAUGCAGGUGUUUCAAAAGCUUUGGACAAUGUUGAAAUUGUUAAAGUCGCCAAGGAUUCAAUCACGAUCCGUUGGUCGGAAAACAAGUUCGUGAAGAAUUACAUCGUGGAAGCCAGAGAUAAAUCAACUGGAGUGUCGGAAACCUUCACAGUAAAGAGUGGCGACGACAACUUCGCUUCUCACACUGUCCGCAACCUGAAGCCAGAUGUCGAAUACCGUAUAUCUGUUAGAGCAAGUCCCGUCGGAAGCAAAGCCACAGUUAUAACUGCUGUCACGAAUCCUGAGUAUUUCAAGUACCACGCCGAAGUCCGAGUAAAGAACACAUUGACGGAAGGUGAAGCUUUGGUGAAAUGGACAUUGGCUGACGGCAAAGCGACCACGUUUAAGACCACUUCUCCAGCGAGCUUUUCUGUUUCUGCCGGUGGUGAGAAAUUGAUCAAGCUAACAUUUACAAGUGGAGUGUCGUACAAUGAGGAGGACCUCAAGGAAGUCGUUGUGUUUUCUGCAACAGAUGGAAAUACAGAGAAGCCGCUGUCGGUAAAUAGAUUGCCUACUGUUGGUGUUGACGUGUACGACAAGCCUAAAGAAGCUGUUGACUUGUCCAUUUUCAAUGCAGGUGUUUCAAAAGCUUUGGACAAUGUUGAAAUUGUUGAAGUCGCCAAGGAUUCAAUCACGAUCCGUUGGUCGGAAAACAAGUUUGUGAAGAAUUACAUCGUAGAAGCCAGAGAUAAAUCAACUGGAAUGUCGGAAACCUUCACAGUAAAGAGUGGCGACGACAACUUCGCUUCUCACACUGUCCGCAACCUGAAGCCAGAUGUCGAAUACCGUAUAUCUGUUAGAGCAAGUCCCGUCGGAAGCAAAGCCACUGUUGUAACUGCUGUCACGAAUCCUGAGUAUUUCAAGUACCACGCCGAAGUCCGAGUAAAGAACACAUUGACGGAAGGUGAAGCUUUGGUGAAAUGGACAUUGGCUGACGGCAAAGCGACCACGUUUAAGACCACUUCUCCAGCGAGCUUUUCUGUUUCUGCCGGUGGUGAGAAAUUGAUCAAGCUAACAUUUACAAGUGGAGUGUCGUACAAUGAGGAGGACCUCAAGGAAGUCGUUGUGUUUUCUGCAACAGAUGGAAAUACAGAGAAGCCGCUGUCGGUAAAUAGAUUGCCUACUGUUGGUGUUGACGUGUACGACAAGCCUAAAGAAGCUGUUGACUUGUCCAUUUUCAAUGCAGGUGUUUCAAAAGCUUUGGACAAUGUUGAAAUUGUUGAAGUCGCCAAGGAUUCAAUCACGAUCCGUUGGUCGGAAAACAAGUUUGUGAAGAAUUACAUCGUAGAAGCCAGAGAUAAAUCAACUGGAAUGUCGAAAACCUUCACAGUAAAGAGUGGCGACGUCAACUUCGCUUCUCACACUGUCCGCAACCUGAAGCCAGAUGUCGAAUACCGUAUAUCUGUUAGAGCAAGUCCCGUCGGAAGCAAAGCCACUGUUGUAACUGCUUUCACGAAUCCUGAGUAUUUCAAGUACCACGCUGAAGUCCGAGUAAAGAACACAUUGACGGAAGGUGAAGCUUUGGUGAAAUGGACAUUGGCUGACGGCAAAGCGACCACGUUUAAGACCACUUCUCCAGCGAGCUUUUCUGUUUCUGCCGGUGGUGAGAAAUUGAUCAAGCUGACAUUUACAAGUGGAGUGUCGUACAAUGAGGAGGACCUCAAGGAAGUCGUUGUGUUUUCUGCAACAGAUGGGAAUACAGAGAAGCCGCUGUCGGUAAAUAGAUUGCCUACUGUUGGUGUUGACGUGUACGACAAGCCUAAAGAAGCUGUUGAUUUGUCCAUUUUCAAUGCAGGUGUUUCAAAAGCUUUGGACAGUGUUGAAAUUGUUGAAGUCGCCAAGGAUUCAAUCACGAUCCGUUGGUCAGAAAACAAGUUUGUGAAGAAUUACAUCGUAGAAGCCAGAGAUAAAUCAACUGGAAUGUCGGAAACCUUCACAGUAAAGAGUGGCGACGACAACUUCGCUUCUCACACUGUCCGCAACCUGAAGCCAGAUGUCGAAUACCGUAUAUCUGUUAGAGCAAGUCCCGUCGGAAGCAAAGCCACUGUUGUAACUGCUGUCACGAAUCCUGAGUAUUUCAAGUACCACGCUGAAGUCCGAGUAAAGAACACAUUGACGGAAGGUGAAGCUUUGGUGAAAUGGACAUUGGCUGACGGCAAAGCGACCACGUUUAAGACUACUUCUCCAGCGAGCUUUUCUGUUUCUGCCGGUGGUGAGAAAUUGAUCAAGCUGACAUUUACAAGUGGAGUGUCGUACAAUGAGGAGGACCUCAAGGAAGUCGUUGUGUUUUCUGCAACAGAUGGAAAUACAGAGAAGCCGCUGUCGGUAAAUAGAUUGCCUACUGUUGGUGUUGACGUGUACGACAAGCCUAAAGAAGCUGUUGAUUUGUCCAUUUUCAAUGCAGGUGUUUCAAAAGCUUUGGACAAUGUUGAAAUUGUUGAAGUCGCCAAGGAUUCAAUCACGAUCCGUUGGUCGGAAAACAAGUUUGUGAAGAAUUACAUCGUAGAAGCCAGAGAUAAAUCAACUGGAAUGUCGGAAACCUUCACAGUAAAGAGUGGCGACGACAACUUCGCUUCUCACACUGUCGGCAACCUGAAGCCAGAUGUCGAAUACCGUAUAUCUGUUAGAGCAAGUCCCGUCGGAAGCAAAGCCACUGUUGUAACUGCUGUCACGAAUCCUGAGUAUUUCAAGUACCACGCCGAAGUCCGAGUAAAGAACACAUUGACGGAAGGUGAAGCUUUGGUGAAAUGGACAUUGGCUGACGGCAAAGCGACCACGUUUAAGACCACUUCUCCAGCGAGCUUUUCUGUUUCUGCCGGUGGUGAGAAAUUGAUCAAGCUAACAUUUACAAGUGGAGUGUCGUACAAUGAGGAGGACCUCAAGGAAGUCGUUGUGUUUUCUGCAACAGAUGGAAAUACAGAGAAGCCGCUGUCGGUAAAUAGAUUGCCUACUGUUGGUGUUGACGUGUACGACAAGCCUAAAGAAGCUGUUGACUUGUCCAUUUUCAAUGCAGGUGUUUCAAAAGCUUUGGACAAUGUUGAAAUUGUUGAAGUCGCCAAGGAUUCAAUCACGAUCCGUUGGUCGGAAAACAAGUUUGUGAAGAAUUACAUCGUAGAAGCCAGAGAUAAAUCAACUGGAAUGUCGGAAACCUUCACAGUAAAGAGUGGCGACGACAACUUCGCUUCUCACACUGUCCGCAACCUGAAGCCAGAUGUCGAAUACCGUAUAUCUGUUAGAGCAAGUCCCGUCGGAAGCAAAGCCACUGUUGUAACUGCUGUCACGAAUCCUGAGUAUUUCAAGUACCACGCCGAAGUCCGAGUAAAGAACACAUUGACGGAAGGUGAAGCUUUGGUGCAAUGGACAUUGGCUGACGGCAAAGCGACCACGUUUAAGACCACUUCUCCAGCGAGCUUUUCUGUUUCUGCCGGUGGUGAGAAAUUGAUCAAGCUAACAUUUACAAGUGGAGUGUCGUACAAUGAAGAGGACCUCAAGGAAGUCGUUGUGUUUUCUGCAACAGAUGGAAAUACAGAGAAGCCGCUGUCGGUAAAUAGAUUGCCUACUGUUGGUGUUGACGUGUACGACAAGCCUAAAGAAGCUGUUGACUUGUCCAUUUUUAAUGCAGCUUUUAGUGGAUCGCGUGUGAAAUUCGUCGUUUUCAAUGAAUUUGGGAGAGAUGUUUCUUUCAAAUGGAAUGGCAAAAGUAUUAGGAGUGGUUCAGUGGAUGUUGAUGCUGCAGAGAAUACGAGUAUCGAGGUAAUGCUGCCGCCGACAUUGACCUCCGUUUUGCAUGUGCAGGUGGUGGAAAGUACUUCUGGUUUAUUGAUACCUUUUUCUAAAAAUAGCGAUUCGUUCGUUGUUAAUCCUGAACCUUACAAUCAGAAUUUUGUUUUGUAUCUUCAAAAUGUUGAUCGCAUUGAUGUUCUGGUGCCAUAUUACCUUCACCUGAAAAUGAUAAACUUUGCAUUAAAUACAGCUGUUCUUACAGUGAAAAAUGCGUUGGAGGAAACAGUCUUGAAGCAAGAAAUCCCGCAAGGAUCCCAAAAUAACCUAAUCACUUACAUCAAGCCUGCUUUAAACUUUCCUUUGGUGCAUAUCAUAUCAGUAGAAUCUAAUGGCAAAACCAUGUAUGUGAAUGGCAAAAAGGAAUUGCUCGUCAUUCCUACUUUGAGAAAAGUAGAGAUCCCAGUAUUUGUUGGCACCGAAGGAGAUGCGAAUGAAUUACCACAAACAUUUUAUCUUGAUGUGACAGUUAAAAACAAAUGGAAGAAUCCAGUAUCAUUCAUUUGGCCAAGCGAGAAAAGACUAAAUAGUAUUGUUGUUCCAACAGAUGAAGAAAGAAAGAAGGUGAUUGUCACCUCUGGCGAUAAACAUCCAGAUUCAGUUUUGAUUAAAAUUGCUGAUCAAAAGGACAACACUGACAUGACGCGUAACAAUUCUUUCAGAUUAAAUUACACUACAAGCAGUCAGCCUGCGGUGUUGCAGGUGGAUGAGAAAGGUAAUGUGCUAUUAUAUCGUACUUAUUACGUCAUACUGAAAGUAAAGAGCCUCUACGAUGGGGAGACUCUCCUGAAGUGGGGAAAUUAUACAAUGAACAUCAAACCAACAGAAGUCAAGCUUUUUAAGUCUUCCUUUCUGCUGCAGAAACAGCCAACACCCAUCACGUUUCAAGCUUUUACAAUUGAUGGAGAGAAGUUGUUGUUGAACAGCCAGAAAGAAGUCGUCGUGCGACGGACUGUAAACCAAAACGUCGUCAAUGUUAUGAUAACCUCAGCAGAAAAAAAUCUGAAUAAAAAACGUUUACGCCUGCUCAAUCUACUGAACACCCAUACGCAAGUAUUUUUGAGUAAUUCUGAAAUUUCAGAAGUUUCAGUUGAUGCAAAAAUUAUGAAAAACAUUUCAAUAGGGGUGCAGCCAAAUAAAGUUGUUGAGCUAAGAGCAGUAAAGAAGUCGAGCGGUGAAAAAACAACUUUAAAUAACACCGACUUGUUUGUUCUUCAGCUGGAGAGAUAUACAGAUUCCGUUAUCACUUUGUACAUUGGAGCAUCAGAGAGUCAGUUAGAAGCAUCGUUAAGGCUGUAUUAUUUUUACGUUGCGUUCCAAAACUUGCAACCGGAAGAUGUGCGCGUAACGUGGAAUGAAUUCGGACAGGAAAAGGCAAUUACGAUCGGUGCUGGUGAAAGAAAUGUCUACCGCAAUAUUUUUUUAUUGAAAAUGCAACCAUCAGAAAUAAAGUUAAAAUUUUUUGGUGCGGAGUCUACACGACAACUGAAAGUGAAUGGAAAAUCUGAAGUGGAAGUGCGUCCAAGUGAUUCACCGAAUGAAGCGACUAUCAUAAUGGCUGAUGCAUCGUCAGAACGUUUAUGUUUUGUCAACUUGGUAAUUGUCAACACUUUGACGUACGUCACUAACGUUAAAGCUUUAAACGAUUCGUUUGAUGCGUCGUGGAAGGUUGAACCCAAGAGUGAACUGAAAAAGCAAAUUAAAUUACGUUCCACUGACACUCCCCGCCCAAUCGUACUCACUGCAGUCAGUAAUGGAAAAACGGAAUAUAUUAACGGCGUGAAUUUUGGUGUAAAAGUAAUACCAAGACAAGAUGAAACGCAGACUUAUAUUUAUGUUGGAUACAAAAGGAGUGAGACCACAGUUCCUUAUUUAAAACUUCUCAAAAUCAACAUCACAUUUGUCAACAACAGGGACAAGCCAGUUUUAGCAAAGUGGACCGAACUUGGCCAACAGAAAGAAAUAAGAAUCUUAAGCUCGCAAUCAACGACAUACAAAACUUUGAUAGCCGACAAAGAGGUUUUGACGACUCUUCUGCUGUUCAAGUUUUAUAACGAAUUUACAGGAAAGCUAUUGUUACCAGCAGGCAAAAUGGGUACAAGUUUUAAUGUAAAAGAAAUAUCUAAUAAUCGAUAUGAAAUAGAAGAUAAAGUGGUCCUGGAAAACAACGACGAGGAAGCUCUGUUUGUAUCGACUAUAACAUUCGAAGUGAAUAACCAUGAAAAAUCACAAGCAAAACUUUUUUAUGAACGUGGACGCAUCAAAGGGAUGUUUUUAUUGAAAGGUGACUCCAACAAGAUCUUCACUAUCCAGAUUCCAGUACAAAGCCGUAAAGAUCAUCUGAUAUUCCACGCAAGUAAUUUUCACGACGAACAACAACUGAAAGUGAAUAGCGAAAAAAAAUUGAUUCUACCUCUUCGUAACGAAGACAUGUUUGUUUUGCUAAAUCUUGAUAAAACAGGUAAAUACGCCGGUGCGUCGUUCGAUCUUUUCAACUCACUUUCUGAAAGUAUCAACACUCUAUGGAAUUCAAAUUCUUCCAAAAAUAGUGACGUCAUAUUAUCAAACGCAAGAAAGAGUUUUAUGUUUUUCACAAAGCUCUCAAAAGAUCCUCCUUCACCGCUCAAACUUUCAGCCACCAUGCCUAGUAACAAGGAAGUUUUACUUAACGACAAGGUGACAUAUCCAUUGAAAUAUUCAGAAGACUACGAUCCAUCCAUUGAAAUAAUUGCAAGAAGAGCAAACCAUCACAAAAGUCUAAUCGCAGCCAUUGAUUUCAAGAACUCCGACAAAGAAGCAGUUGUGUUACGUAGGAUGGUGAAUGGAGAGAGCGAAGACGACCUUUCACGUAUAGUGAUUGAUGCUGGAGAGAAGAGAAGGCUUUAUCUGAUGUUUUCUGAUGAAGCAGCAACCAUUCAUCUUGAAGCAACUAGGAAAUCUGAUAACAAAACGCUAGCCAUAAACAACCAGCGUGUAUUAAAGCUCACUCCAGACGAUGCUGAAAAUGAAAUCAAAGCUGAAAUAAAAGAAUAUAAAGAAAAAGGAGUUACUACUUAUUUCUAUGAAGUUGACACUAGCAACCUCCAUUUUGAAGAUGUGACUGUUGAUUGGAACGAAGAUGGUAACAUCCGAAACUCAGAAGUACCCUCUGGCGACCGCACCCUGCUAACGGGUCGUGUUACAACUGCACAAAAGCCCGAGAUAGUAAUUUUUUCAGCCAGAGUGUCAUCAGAUAACAGUCCUCUCAAUUUGAAUGGUCGAGAGCAGUUUACACUGCUUCCAAGUCUCACUAAUAAGCGGGUGUUUAUCAUGAUAAAUGACAAAGACCCAACAGGUGCAGUUUUUCAGCAGUAUCAUGUUAUUUUGGAUAUGGUGAACAAUCUAGAGAAAGACGUGGAUUUCUUUUGGCAGUGGAAUGAGAGCGGUUAUCUGACACAUAUCAAACCUAAACAAAAGAAAAUCUUUCACCUCUACAUACCUUCAGGUGUGUCACCAAAUGCAUUGACAUUUAAAGGACAUACAUUCGUUGACCAAAUUCCAGUAAAAUUGAAUUCUAAAGAUGCUUUGCAAGUUAAACCCAGUCUCAAAGAGAAAUAUACUCGCGUGUACGUGGACGGAGAAGAUUCUGAUUUCAAUUUCUACCAUGUUAAUGUUUUCUUUGUAAACCACUAUCCAUUUACUGUAAACAUUGAGUGGUAUGCUGACGACGUCCCAAGACGUGUUACCAUCAAACCAGAAGAUAGCGCCAUGAUAAAAGAUUCAUUCAGAGCAAGUAGUAGCGAAAUUAAUCUGGUAGCUUUCGAAGCUUGGGAUGUAGCGAAUCAUAACAACGUGUUUAUGAACAGAAGAAAACUUUUCAAAUAUCACCCAACGUUGGAUCCAACAAUCAAGGAAACUGUCUUUCUUUCUCCUGAUAAAAGCACUAUCAUUUUUAAAACUUAUAUCACCAAUCUGAAUCCGAAUGAUAUAGAGUUGCGUUUCAAUUUCUAUAAACAGUCCACUGACAAAAAACCUACAUCGAUUAACAAGAUGUUGAUUGCUAGAGGAGCGAAGAGCCAGCUACAAGCUAAACAGUAUCAUAAAACUCCUGCUCGCUUAACUGUCACCGCGUAUAAUAAAGAGACUGGUGAGCAGGUUUACGUCAAUGAUGAAUAUUCAGUGAAAUUGAGACCUAUAAAUGAAGAAGAUUCCGUUGAGAAGGUUAUCAUAGGGGGAGCAAUAAAAAAGAAAAAGUUUUACUUCAAAGUUGUUGUCGCCAAUUUAUUGCCCAAAGUUGUGGCCUUAAAUUGGACUAUAAAAGGGAAAAACGAACAGAAAUACAUCCCUCCUUAUUAUUUUUACUACAUUAUCAUCGGAGACGUAAAAGCCUUUGUUCAACCUCCUGCGAUCAAGUUUAAUUCAUAUGCUAUUCCAGGAUACCAAAAGUUGUUUACAAACGAUAAAACGUUUUUGGAAAUAACACCGGUAUCAAAAAAAGAACUAAGACUUACUUCUGUAUUUAUUUCGUCGUAUGUGACCCAACGUACCUUUUUGUUACACCUAAAAAAUCCAACCACCAAAGACAUUCAUAUUUCGUGGAAGACAAAAGCAUUUCAAGGCAGUAGUGUUGUACCAAAACAAGCAACUCGUUAUCCCGUUGAAAUCACAACAAAUGGUGGUUAUAGGAACCAAAAAGUGGUGGUGAAAGCGAAGCCAAAUCAAGAUGGUGAUAUAGUUUUAAACUCAAAUAAACAGUUCAUAACACGUCUACCUUACAAUAAAAUAAUCACACUGGAUGUCCUCUAUAAAAACAUCUUUAUCAAUAACACUCUGUCCUCUGAUGUUGUUGUUUCGGGUCUGGCCGGCAUGCAACAUUCAGUAUCCGCGCUCUCCACAAUUAAAUUACGUAUUCCUAGUAAGGAUAUACCAGUUAAUAGCUUGCUACUUACAGCAAAAAUGAAGGAGAGCGACAAACAAGUCCCCAUCAAUGGUCAAACUGCUUAUAAUAUUACAAUGGAUGAUAUAACGACAUCUUUAACACUCGGCGGAGUCCCAGAAAACUCGAAAAAAUAUUUCAUUCGACUUUGGAUAAGCAACAAUAAUACUGACGCAGUAAAAUUAGUUUGGAUGAACGAGACCAACCAGCCCUUUCCACUACCUGGUAAUUUCAAUGGGGAAGUGCUAUUUUCGUUUGGUGACGACACACCGGUCUUUGUAUCAGCUAUCGACGCAGUUACUAAAAAGCCAGUGUAUGUGAACCAGCGAGACGAAUUAAAAUUUGUGCCAUUGAGAACAAACAAAUACGCCACAUCUGUUGUUGUGAAUGAUGAAAUAUACAAGUAUGAUUAUUUCUACCGUUUGUCAGUGAAUAACAAAGGAGACAAAUCCGUUCGUAUAGUACUGCGAAAUGGAGUAGAGAAAAGAGAAGCUGUUGUGCCAGGAAACCGUAAACAAUACUUCAUCAAUACACCUUUAACUAAUCUGAAAUUGGGAAUCAAACAGAAAAUGUAUGUUUAUGCAUUUAACGAUAAGAGUAACGCACCUCUGUACAUCAAUAACACUGACGCAGUCCGUAUAUAUCCAACGCUCAAUGAAGAAGAUGCUACCGUUGUAUCUGUAGAUAAUCGUAAACUUCCACUGGAGUUGUAUUAUUAUACACUGGAAGUCAUAGUCCCUGAAAACGUUAAUGUUAUUUUGAGGUAUAACUUGACAGACGAAAGCAAAAUGUCUCGUAUCCCGAAGAGCUCAAAAUAUAUUGUCAGGAUUCCUCGUAGAAGUUUUAAGAAACCGUCAAAUGUCGAAUUUAUUGCCGUCAAUGAAGAAAGCGGGAAGAGAAUGACGAUAAAUGGUGACGUCGUUGGUACGAUGCUGGCGUCCAAGAGUCGAGAUGAAAAACAGAUCGUAAAGAUCACACCAUGGACAAUGAUCGAAUCUAAUGGAAACAUGUCUGCGAAUGUUUACUAUUUCACGGUCACUGUUACUAAUCCCAACUCUGAUGACGUCACAAUCAUGUUAUCCCAUAGCAACCAAACACAACUUGUGCCGGCAAACUCGACAGAUGUUCGAUUUGUGUUCAACAUUUCAAGUCAUGCUGCUCCUAAAAUCGUGAAACUGACUGCUGCCGUGAAGAAUACACCUGUCAGUAUUAAUGCUAGCGAGUAUGUGUUACUGAAGCAGAAUGGUGAUAAUGUCUUUAAACUUGACGUAUUAACACUUCCGACGUCGUAUCAAGUUAAGAUAUACGUCAGUAACUCAUUACCGAUAAAAUGUAUUCUUAGAUGGAAAACACGCUCAGGUAAAAAAGAAAGAAGUAUAUCAUCAAACAUAGUUAACCAACCAGUUGUACUUACAUUGAGAGGAUCGAAAUCAGUGGCAUUGAGAGUUACAAAUGUGGAAGGUCGACCUUUGUCUUUAAAUCGUACAGAAUCGAUAAGUAUUGAUCCGCCACGUGAUCGAAUAGUGUACGUAGUUAUAGGCUCAACAAAAUAUUUCUAUGCGUUAAAUGUAGAAAAUUCAGAGAUGUUCGAUGUUGUUGUUAAAUGGGAUGAACAAGGAAAAAAGCAGUCUUUGUUGGUAAAAGGUUUGCAAUCAAAACGAAUUAUAAUCAAAAAUUUCGACUCGAAACAACCGUUAGAACCGGUUCGAUUUUCUGCUGCACGAUAUUGGCGUGAACGGGCGCUAUUGAUGCAUAAUAAUAAAACAUUUACCGUGUACCCUGUGCGCGAUAAACGCAAGGUUACAGGUGUUAUCAUCUCUUCCAAACCAAAAGAUUUGAAAAAAAUUAGUUUUAUCGCGUUGGCUGUCACGAAUUUAGUGAAAAAAAGCGUUCUACUUGCUUGGAAAGCGAACAACGCGUCUGAAAAUAACGAACUUAUCGAGGCUGGUGCUAGUGGCUACACGUUAACCAUCCCAUUCGAGUACAGUCGGAAAACGUUUCUUGUGAAGUUUACCGCACGCAUUGAUGGCGAAUCGAAGAGAAUAAAUAUUAAUAUGCAAAGGAGUGUUUUUCUUCGUCCGAAGAAAGCGAAGAAAACAGUGAAUAUCAUUCUUACUGACAAAGAUUCGCUUCACGUUCCUUACUACGUUCAUGUGGAACUUCAAAACCAUCAUUAUAAUCCAAUCAUAGUGGAGUACAGACAAGCAGGUAUUAAAGACCCACAAGCUUUAGAGAUGAGAGCGAGUUAUCAUAAGUGGUUCAACUUGGUCUUGCUGAAACCAUUAAACUAUCCAAUGUCGAUCGAGUUUAAAGCAUACGAUGCUGCGUACCACACAAGGUUAAACAUAAACCAUCAAAUAUCAGUACUCUAUCAACCGCGAUACAAACGGGACUCUUUAUCACUCAGUGUUGGCGACACGGUACCAUAUCCUAAACCGAAAAACAGACAACAUCCAGUGUCCAUAAAUGGUCGCCAAUAUUUUUUCGGCAUCCACGUCUCAAAUAAAGGAAAUAAGGACGUCACUCUUCAUUGGAGAGAGAACGACAAAAAAAAGAAAUUAACGGUUCCUGCCAAUUCAUUUCGUGAGUACACAUCGUUGAUACGAGGUAAAGAGCGACCGCCCUGGGUUGCCAUACGAGCGAAUGACGGCGUGAAAGUGAACGGCAAACCUACCUACUUUGCGCGGACCAGUAUCAAGAAGAAGUUAAGUUUCCUACAUGUAAAUAGAGAAGAGAAACACGAGAAGGAGGAUCGUUAUUUUUACUAUGCAUUAAAAGUUGAUAAUAUGGCGUCACACGAUGUUGACCUGAAGUGGAAGGAGAAAAACUUGGACAAAAUAAUGACAGUAAAAUCAUUGGAAACUAAAUCUUACCAUGCAGUCAUGCGUUCGAAAGAGACACCCAAUCCUAUCACAGUGCGUGCAUACGAGUCUGGUACUGUUCGCAGUGUAUUGCUCAAUCACGAAAACGACAUCAAGGUUCAACCAUCCACAGGGAAUAAACAAACCUAUCUGCGAGUUGAAGCAAACGACGAAUCGUUGAGAUUAAAAACAUAUUUCCUGGGUUUCGAUGUAAAGAACUUGCGAAAUGAACCCGUCACCUUAAAGUGGAACGAAGGUGGCGAGAAGAAAUCUUUGUCAGUAAAUUCUCACGGUAGCCGACAUUAUGAUACUUCAUUUAUUAAUUCCGUUCAACCGAAGAAUUUAGAAGUUACUGCAUACAAGGCAAAAACGGGUGAGAAAGUGCAAAUUUAUGGCAAGGACUCUAUAAUGUUAACACCAACACGCGAAAAAGGAAGAUAUGUGAUUGUGGUAGGAAAACCAGAUGUGUCUGAAAAACCGAAUGAUUACAAGUUGACUGUUCAACUCUACAACAGAGAUCAAGAUCCAAUUAUAGCGAAGUGGAGAGUGAAUAGUACAGACUAUGAAACGAAAAUACCAGCAGGAAGAGUUGCAAAGAGAACUGUAAUUAUCAGAAGCACCUCUCAACCUCCGCCUGUCAUGUUUACAGCAGUCGACGAAAAAACUGGCGCGCCUGGUACGAUCAAUGGUAAAAAAACGUUUGCUAUCCAACCACGUUUGAAUGGAUACUUUUCACAUGUCUAUGUUACCCUAAAUGGUAUUUUCAAACCAGGAAAUUUGGCUAGAAAUCACCCACAAUGCAAAAAGAAAUUAGAUAUUGUAUUUCUUCUGGACAGUUCUGGCACUAUGAAAGGAGCUUACCCAUACGCCAAACAAUUUAUCGCGUUAUUCAGCGAAUACUUCAACUUAUCACCUAACACUGCUCGUAUCGGGGUGAUUACUUUCAGUGAGAAAGCAAAGAUUACCAUCCCCUUGAACAGACAUCAAGAUUAUGCUUCGUUCCUACAAGAUGUGGAGAAGCUGCCGUAUCGUGGUUACACAACAAGAAUCGAUCUUGCUUUCACUCUGGCAAAUACACUGCUUUCCAAUGCUCAACAUGGUGGUCGUGACGGGGCCGAAAAAUUAGUCAUUGUUCUCACAGACGGCCGGCAGAACUCCCGUGGUGACGGUACUACAUCGUUGAAAAAAGCGUACGAUACGUCGCAGACGUUACUACAAAAGAACGUUACUAUAGCAGCGAUAGGCUUGUUUGGAACACACUCAACUGAUGUCGCUAUAUUGAAUUACCUCACCAGAAACGAAGAGCAUGUGUAUUUAGUGGAACAUUCUCCUGAUUUAAUUUCAAGACCUUUCUUAGACGGCAUGAUGUAUAACUAUUGUAAACAGGCAAAAUAGGAGAGACAUUUAAAAGACAUUUACAAAUUACAAUUUUUACUGUGUAAUAGCUAGCUAUAUUGCAUGUUGAGGACAGUUUUCCACUGGAUUCAAUUAAAUUAGCGACUUAGUGUAUAAAUAUGGAUUGCCGAAAAAUGAUUUUAAUUUUAGUGGCUUUUACCCAACAAUCAGAAGAUGUAUAUUGUUGCAUAACAAUCAAUUUGACAUUACACCUUGUCAUCAAAUGUAGGUCAACAUCUGAUUAUUUUAACUUCUAUUAAUGAGCGAAUGAAGUGGUAAAUUGGCUUUUAAACUGUAGACUAUUUAUUUUAAAAUUUAACUAACUUAAUGUCUGAAAUACACAUUUUUAUUUGAAAACA